AUGGCGAAUGAAGGAAGUAAUCAUGGGGUUGUUGCAGUGAUCCAAGGAGAGAUGGAGGAUGAGGUAGACGUCGGCGUGGAGAUGCUUGGGACGUCCGUCGUCGCUGCUCGCGCGUCCAUGAUGCUAUCCGAUGUGAGGGCGGCUAUGGUGGAGGAGCAAGUUGUUAUGGUUCAUGAUGGGAGAGCAACUCAUGUGCUGGGCGAGCAAGGUGGGAUGAAGGAGAGAACGAGGGAGCCCACUGCGUCGGGCGAGCAGGCACUAGGCGUCGCUGCUGCCCAGGCACUGGGCGCCGCUGUUAUCCAAUCUCUGGGCGAGCAGGCACUGGGCGUCGCUGCUGUCCAGGUGCUAGGCGCCUUUGCUGGUCGUGCAGAGGGGCAUGCAACUCACGUGGCAGGCGAAAAUCUGAGCGCCACUUUAGGCACUGGACUGGACAGCCAUUUAGGCGCUACACUGAGCGGUCUGGGUGAGCACAAUGUCCGCGUGAUAGGGCAAAGGUGUGGGCAGAGGAAUGUUCUAGCAUUUGGUGUGCUGGGCAACCCAUUAGGCGAAGGAAAAGAGAGGGAGGAGGAGCCCUUGGGCGCUGCUUCCACGCGCGGGAUAGCUGGGCGUGCC